GGCUCAUUCAGUGGAUGGCGGUAUGCAAAUUUUGCUUUCGUGAAGAAGACAAAGAAAACGAAGAAGAAGGAGUGCUUCCUGUCUUCCGGUCUGCUAACAACAUCUGAAAUUUAGCGAAAGCACAGGACGGGCGGUGUGUUGUUUACCGGUAAAUCAGUUCAGCUCCAAGAAGAAUCCGGACCAUUUGAAAUGGGAGAUCCUGCUUUUCAUAGAGACUGCCCCCUUGACUGCAAAGUUUACGUUGGGAAUUUAGGAAAUAAUGGGAAUAAAACAGAGUUAGAAAGGGCGUUUGGGUACUACGGUCCUCUACGAAGUGUGUGGGUUGCCAGGAAUCCCCCAGGUUUUGCUUUUGUAGAGUUUGAGGAUCCCAGAGAUGCAACUGAUGCUGUGAGAGAACUGGAUGGAAGGACAAUGUGUGGCUGUAGAGUUCGGGUUGAGUUAUCCAAUGGGCAAAAGCGCUCAAGGAGCCGUGGACCUCCUCCGUCCUGGAGUAGUAGACGCCCACGGGAUGACUACCGGCGCCGUAGUCCUCCAGUCAGACGCAGAUCACCGAGGAGGAGGAGUUUCAGCCGCAGUCACAGCAGGUCUCUUUCAAGAGACAGACGCAGAGAUAGGUCUCUCUCCAGAGACAGGAACCAUAAGCCCUCAAGAUCCUUCUCACGGUCAAGGAGUCGCUCACGGUCCAAUGAGAGGAAAUGAAGAUGUCAAAGGAUGGUGAUUGGGCCCUUUAAUGGUUGUGAAAACUUUUAUAGUCUUGCUUUUCUUUUUAAUUGUUUUUGUUCCCACCAGCUUGAGAGAACCUCACUCUGUCCACCUUUGAUACUAUGUAAUAGAAAUCUGUUGAAUUAACUAAGGACUGGAGUCUAAUUUUCUCUUAUAACAGGUCUUGUAAUAAGAGUUGAUUUUGAAGUUUUUCCCCAUUAUUGAGAACAUGUUUUGUGUUUGAGUUUGCUGUUCAUAAGAAAGGAAUGCCGUCUUGCCUUGCAUGUUUUGAAAUGGAAUACUGGGGUUUAACUUUCCAUGAAAGUCCUGUUUUUGUAACUGUGCAAAUUUCAUAUGAUGUUUUUAAGUUGUUUAUUUUUGGGGGUGGGUUGGACUCUGUUGUCUCUUGAAUUCUGCUGAGGUGUUAAAAGCCAGAUGGCAUCAGAAGUGAAAAGGCCUACUUUUUGCCAACAUUCAACUUACAAUGACACCAUCUAAUGUUGCAAGUUGGUACUGGUGUCCUUGUGGCAGGUUGACCUUGAAACCCUGUCUCUUUUCAGUAAUCAUCGGUCAUUGUGGACUUAACAUCCAUCUCUUUUGCAAAAGAUGGUUUUUACUGCUCAACUUAGCUUGAUCCACCUAAAAUUUGUGUUGCAGCAGUUAUUAAAAAGCUUGUUCAAUAAAGUUUUGAAGGUAA